ACAUUUUCACUACAGAGUAAAAGGGGCUUUCUUUUCUCUAGUUUCUGUGUCAUUCUUGCUUACAGUCUACGUCCCAAAAUGCGUCCCCGCUCCUCAAUUUCUCUCUGCAAACUACUACUCUCCGGACACCCAUUUGGAAGAUCUUCAAAGCCCGAUUCUCCAUUCCUCACAAGACAUCUAGCAAAUUUCUCAAACCACUGCUCCUCACACCAUUAUUCCAAGAAAAGCCAUCAUUUUUAUCACCCUUCAAGCGUAGUUUCUCUUUCUCAGCCCCAUUUCAGGAUUUUUCAGGAAUUCCGGGGUUACAGUGUUGAUACUGACAAGGAAGUGGAUAGAAUUAACAUGAAGUUCGCGGAAGCUAGGGAGGAGAUAGAGUCAGCCAUGGAGUCCAAAGAAACUGUGUAUUUCAAUGAGGAAGCUGAAUGUGCACGUGCAGCUGUGAGUGAAGUUCUUGAAAUGUAUCAAGGGCUGUUGAAAAAGCUACCCGAGAGUGAGAGGGCGGCGAUACAGAGGGCAAUGGGGCUCAAGAUUGAGCAGUUAAAGGCUGAGCUUGAACAGUUGAAUGAGUAGUGAGUUUUUUGGCGUUUAAAUUUACUAAUCUUUCUGUUGUAUGAAUCAUAUUUGGGCUAUUAUGAGCUCUUUAUGCUUGUGAAUUAAAACUUUGGAGAUGUUUGAGGAUGACAGUGAAGCACAAGUUAAAUGAAAUAAUGGAAUCAGUAAUUUUGA